ACGAAGAAUAGUUGCAGUUUUCAUUUGCACCCGCGCUAAUUUGCAUUCGUUUCGUUACAAUUUUAAACAAUAUUAACUACUCCGGAAAUUCCUUUUUUCGACUUGAAUGAUGGACUUCAAAGUAAUUUGUCGGUUGUGUUUGGAGCAAAAACCACGUUUGCGCUCGAUCCAUGAUGAACAUCCAGAAGGAUCGCUUGGACAGCUUCUAAAUCGCAUAGCUCUGAUGAAUGUGGAACCCGAUGAUGGAUUACCGCAACACGUCUGUCGACAAUGCUCUGGACAGGUACGCAGAAUGCAUCAAAUCAUUGAUACUUAUCGUCAAAAUGAGAUCCUUUUACGGGAACAGCUAGGUUCAGAAAAACAAAUACCAAUGAUUGAAAUCAAAGAGGAAGAAGUUGAAAUAGAACAAUUGGAGGAGGGCAGCCAACAUAAGCUUAUUGUCAAUGACCUCUUCGAACCGGAAGUUAAAGAUGAGUCCUCUGAACCGGAUAAUUCAGACGAGUUCAAUGCAGAAUAUUUGGAUGAGGAUUUUAUCUCUCAUGAAGAUGACGCAGGCAACCAAGGCGAUAGUGAGGUACCUAACGAGAAGAAAGAUACAGAACAAACAACUUCAGAUGUUGAUUUACUUACACCUGUAAAAGUCCGUCGUAAAAAGCGUCGAUCUUCCGUGAAUAUGCAACCUCGGCGAAGAAGAGCUAGAACCAGUGAUGGUGAACCGAAACCAAAACGCAUCCGCAAAGACAAAAACCCGGGUCGACCGCGACAAAACGAGCACAAAUGUUACGUCUGUCAAGGAACACCGCAUGAGUCGGCCGAAUCACUGCUAGCACACUUGAAUGAUCAUCGGAACAUGCUACCGUAUACUUGUUCCGUAUGUAUCAAACGGACAGUUAUCAUCAAUGAUGUUACCGUCAUGAAUAACCACCUGCUAAUGCAUAGAAAACCUUACAAAUGCGAACACUGCGAUCGGCAUUACAGCGUAACAGCCGCUCUUGAUUUACACGUCCAGAUGGCCCAUCCUGAAAAACACCCCAAACUUGAGCCGCACUUCUGCGAAAUCUGCGGUGGUGAAUUCCCAACAAAGCUGGUACUACAGUACCAUCAACAGCGGGAGCACAAGAAGGGUUACGACUGCCACACCUGCGGUAAAUCGUUUAAAGCAUUACAGCCUCUCAAGCGACACAUAGCAACGGUACACGCAGCACCUGAUUCCAAAAAGUUUGAGUGUAACAUAUGCCACAAAAAGCUGAAGUCUUUGGAAGCUCUUCGAUCGCACAUCAGGAUUAUGCACACGGAUCAGGAGUUUCAAUGCAAAUACUGUCCAAAAAAGUACAGCACAACAGCUGCCGUGCGCUUGCAUGAAAGCCGGCAUGAAAACAAUGAUAAUUACCAACCUUCGAAAACCUGGACUGAGUACUACGAGGAGGUGGUUAUACCCGGAGAACCGCCCAAACCUGCUGGGUCAAAAAAAUUUAAAUGUCUGCUAUGCAGCGCCGUGAUACGACAGGUUGGCACUCACAUGCGCCAUCUUCACUUCCCAGAAAAGUACAGUUGCGAUGAGUGUGGUCAAGAAUUCAAGAACAAAGCGUUGCUCCGAAUACACAUCCAGGAGCACAAGGAAGGUCCCGCCCACAAGUGCCCGAUCUGUGCAAAACCAUUUUCGCAAAAGAAAAAUCUCAUAGCCCACCUGCGCACCAAAAAACACGAAGGUCAUCCGUUGACGGAAUCCCUGGAUUGGCUAAUGAUUGGAAAUAGGAGCGGGAAGGCGGAUGCAGAAAAGAGUGAAGUGGAUGUGAAUGAGAAAGACGAUUAUGUAAAACCGAAAGUUGGUGGUGUCAAUGUAGAAUAUUUGGAAUCAUUCAAAAAUUUCGAGCUUAGAACAAAGGUACAGGAUCGACUCAACAUGAUCAAGGUCCUCAGUGGGGUCAAAAGCGGAACUCAUCCACAAGCGAUGAUAAAAAUUCAUAUGGCUCUGUUUCGAGGCACCUUGGAACAAAAUAGCUCCGUGUACAAUAAUGCAAGUGUAACAAACAGGAAAUUACUUGAGGUGGUUAACAACCAAUGCUUAAGAAAAGUCAUUGGGGCGACAAAGUCUACCCCGAGAAACGUAUUAGUUGCUCUCAGUGGACAAGAACCAGUUGGGCUGAGGCAAGAGUUUGUAACAACUAAGGAAAUCAGCAGACAUUUCUCGAGGAACAAUGUAGUGGCAGAGCAAUUAAGAAGCGUACGGUUACCUGAAGAUAGAAGUAGUUGGCACAAGUUCUCAUACCUAGAACAGAUCUAUUGGCAGAACAAGGCAAUACUCGAUCGAGUACAACCGGUGAUCCGUCUGAGCAUUCGACAAGAAGUCGAUAUUUCAUCCGACUUGGAAGGUCUUACAACAGCAAAGCAAAAUACAAAUCCAGCACGAGCUAAACAAUUGGCACUUUUUAUCAUGAACGGAAGAAACAGAGGACGAGGUCGUAUAUAUACAGAUGCGUCGAAGGAUGGAACAAAAUGUUCGAUAGGUGUGUACUUCGAAACGACCGGACAAAGGCUGUUCGCGUCCCUGAGCAUGGAGACAAGCAUCACAUCAGCCGAGCUGAUAGCUAUAAAAGAAGCUACACGAAUUAUUGAAGAAAACUCACUAUCUCACUCUGUUAUAUACACCGAUUCAAAAGCAUCAUGCUUGAUGCUACAAUCUGCACAAGAUAACAGAUAUGACGAAAGCAUCCUGAUCGAAAUCCUAAGAACAUGCUCCUCAUACAAUGUCGCGAUACAAUGGAUUCCCAGUCACGUUUCCAUCACAGGCAACGAAAUCGCAGACGGUCUGGCCAAACAUGGAUUGCAUUCGGACUACGUUUACGAAAAUAAUCUUAUGCUCAAAGACAGUAUAUUCUUGUUUAAAAGAUCACUAAACGAAAAAACAGAUAGGUGGUACAGUAAUUACUCUACAGAUAAGGGAAAAAGCUUCUACUACAUACAACCCGCAUUCUCAAAAGUCCCGUGGUUCUUCGGAAAAGACAUGAGUGGCCGGGACAUCCGGCUCCUGAACAGAUUAAUGGCUGCACAUGAGUACUCCAAAUACUGGCUGGCGAAAAUGAGAAUCCUAGAUAACGCUAAUUGCGACUCCUGUCUAACACCAGAAACGGCUAAUCACACAAUCAUGGAAUGCCCUCUUUUUAACACACUGAGAAGGCAGUAUGAUUUCCAUGGCAAAUAUACUAACCUUCAAGAGCUAUUUAAAUCAAAUAACAUCGAACACUACAAGGAAAUAGCUUUACAGGCUCUAGUUUACCAAACGAUGGAAUUCGAUUGCAUUUGCCGUUUGUGCUGUGAAGAAAAACCGCAUAUGCGGUCCAUUUUCGAAGAACAUCCAAAAGGUCCGCUGGACCGGUUACUAGAAGAACUUGCUCAAAUACGGAUAGAAACCAAUGACGGUCUUCCCCAGCAGGUGUGUCGACAAUGUUCCGGCACCGUACGUAAAAUUCAGGAAUCUGUCGAUGCUUAUCGGGAAAGUGACCGUCGGUUGCGGAAACUGCUGCUGGAAUCUGAUAACCCCACUAUUCUGGUCGAAAUUAAAGAGGAACCAAUCGAACCCGAAGAGCUGGACACAUUAAGCAAAAAUGAAAAUUUGAUUGUAACUGAAUUUCAGGACCAAGAAGUCGGAACAGAGAACAGUGGUGAAGAGAACCUAGAGGUGGAAUAUUUAUAUUCGGAGGAUGAAAACGAACAUGAAAUCGAAAUUACAAACAUAACCGAGGAUACAGACCAAAGUGUUGAGUCCCAACAAAAACAAGCAAACUCAAAACGUUCAUCGAGAAAUUCCAAGCCAAAAGUGCGCAGAAAAGCCACAAAGCUAAAGGGAACGGGAAAACCAGGCCGACCAAAGACAAAAUUCCAAGAUCCAGAUCGACCGCGUCUAAACGAUUUCAAAUGUUAUGUAUGCAAGGGAGCUAAACUUGGAUCCAAAGACUCAUUACUGGCCCAUCUCAACGAACAUCGAGACUGGCUACCGUACACUUGUUCUGAAUGUGUACGCGAAACGAUUGUGAUAAAAAAUGUGACCACCUUGAACAAUCAUCUGAAAAUGCACCGCAUGCCACUGAAAUGUCAGCACUGCGAUCGACACUACAGCGAUACCAAUGCUCUGGAUCUCCACGUUCAAAUGACCCAUCCGGAGAUAUCGGGAAAGCAUGAACCACACUUUUGUGAAGUCUGUGGCGGCGAGUUCCCAACGCGGUUGGUUUUACUGAUCCAUCAACGAAACCAUCGGCUCCGAACCAGCUGUGAGCAUUGCGGCAAACAGUUUAGCGACGUGCGGAAUUUGAAGCGGCACGUGAGUUCUAUUCACGAGGCAGUCGAAGCAAUGCAUGAAUGUAAAAUUUGUUCCAAAAAACUAAAAUCGGUUGAGGCACUCAGCAAGCAUUUAGAAAUAUUUCACUCAGAUCAGCAAUUUAGCUGUAAAUACUGUCAGAAAACGUAUACUUCAGUUGGUUCUUUACGGUUGCACGAAAGUCGUCACGAAAAUAACGACAAUUACCAGCCCGCCAAGCGAUGGAUUCAGUAUUAUCAACAGAUUACGCCCGAGGGAACACCAGCUUCGGAGCGAAAGUUCAAAUGUCUCAUUUGUCGUGACAUCUUAAAACAAAUCGGAACCCACAUGAGGCGAAAGCAUUUCCCCGAAAAGCACCAAUGCGAUCAGUGUAAGGAAGUUUUUCACGAUAAAGCUUUGUUGCGUGUCCAUGUUCUGGAGCACGAGCAAGGACCUGCCCAUCGUUGUCCCAUCUGUGGCAGAGAAUUUUCGUUGAAAAAGAACUUAGUAGUACAUAUGCGUACCAAGAAGCACGCCGACCAUCCUCUUGCCAAAUCGUUGGACUGGCUGAUGGUGAGGAAAAAGUCCGGGAGUGAAAAUAGUGGCAUAACCAAAUCAAAAAGUAAGGAAGCUACUGAGGUGACGAAUCAAAGUGUAGAUGGUUUAAGAGAAGAUCAAGCUUUCGACGGCAUUGUCUAAAUGGAA